GUGGGAAGCAGCUGACGGGCUCUGGGGUCCACAAGAGGUCUCGGAAGGUCCUGGACAUCGACAGCACAUGAAGACAACAUGAGUCUCCGGAGGCAGAAGACACGCCCCUAUCUACCGAAGAGAGGAGACCACAUAUCUCGUAUCCGAUUGGUCAGAAUUCCCGUCCAUCAGGUUUUAGCUGCCCCUGAUUGGCUGCUGCCGGACUGUCGGCAUCUGCGGCUCGCGCUGUGCCAGCUGUCCGCGCGCACUCGGCUGGUGCUGAGCAACGGUGAAGAGCUUCAACUGAGGAAGAGCUGAGUCUGAGAAACAGGGACGAUGGCUGCCAACAUGGGAUCAAUGCGUAUCCUCAUCAAGGGAGGGAAGGUGGUCAACGAUGACUUCACCCAGGAAGCAGAUGUCUUCAUUGAGAACGGCAUCAUUCAGCAGGUCGGAAAGGAGCUGAUGAUACCGGGCGGGGCUAAGGUGAUUGACGCCUCUGGAAAGCUUGUGUUGCCGGGCGGAAUAGACACCAGCGUGCAUCUGGAGCAAACCUUCAUGAACGCCAGCAUUCAGGAUGACUUCUACAGUGGGACCAAGGCGGCUCUGAUGGGUGGUACCACCAUGGUGAUGGCUCUGGUCCUGCCUGAACAGCACUGCUCCCUGCUGGACGCCUACGAGAACUGCCGAGCUCUGGCCGACGCCAAGGCCUGCUGCGACUACGCUCUGCAUGUCGGGGUGACCUGGUGGGGGCCGAAGGUGCGCAGCGAGAUGGAGACCCUGGUGAGGGAGCAUGGAGUGAACUCUUUCCAGAUGUACAUGGCCUACAAAGAUACGAUGAUGCUGAGGGACUCGGAGCUCUACCAGACGCUGCAGACCUGUAAAGACAUCGGGGCCAUCGCUCGGGUCCACGCUGAGAACGGAGAGCUGGUGGCCGAGGGUACCAAAGAGGCUAUGAAUUUAGGCAUCAAUGGACCGGAGGGUAUUGAGAUAAGUCGACCAGAGGAGCUGGAGUCUGAGGCUACUCACAGAGCCAUCACCAUCGCCAACAGGGCUCACUGCCCGAUCUACCUUGUGAAUGUGUCCAGCAUUUCUGCUGGAGACAUGAUUGCAUCAGCUAAGAUGCAAGGUAAGGUGGUGCACGCGGAGACCUCCGUGGCUCACGCCGUGCUGAACGGGAUGCAGUAUUACCAUCAGGACUGGGUUCACGCCGCCGCCCACGUCGUCGUCCCUCCUCUCCGCCUCGACCCCAACACGCCCAGCUACCUCAUGGGCCUGCUGGGCAAUGACUCUCUGAGUGUCGUGGCCUCAGAGCAUCGUCCAUUCAGCAUCAUGCAGAGAGCUUUGGGCAAGGACGACUUCACCAAGAUCCCUCAUGGAGUGGCUGGAGUCCAGGACAGGAUGAGUGUCAUUUGGGAGAAGGGAGUGGUUACAGGAAAAAUGGAUGAGAAUCGUUUUGUGGCGGUGACGAGCUCCAACGCCGCCAAGAUCUACAACCUGUACCCGCGCAAGGGUCGUAUCAUCGCCGGGGCGGACGCUGAUUUGGUGGUCUGGGACCCGGAUGCAACGAGGACGAUCUCCGCCAGCACUCAGGUGCAGGGCGGAGACUUCAACCUGUACGAGGGGAUGCGCUGCCACGGGGUUCCCCUGGUCACCAUCAGCCGCGGACGCUUGGUGUGCGAGAACGACGUGUUCAUGUGCGCCGAGGGAUCCGGGAACUUCUACCCCCAGCGCACCUUCCCUGACUACCUCUACAAGAAGAUGGUGCAGAGAGAAAAGACUCAGGCUUACAAAGGGGUCGACAGGGAUGCCUACUCUGGUGAUGUGGCCACAGUGUCGAACAUCAUGAAGAAGGAGCUUGGUUUGGGCCCGAUAGACGGAGAUGCGUCCAAAGGCAGCCCUCGCCCGCUGCACCAGGGAGUCCGAGACCUCCACGAGUCCUCCUUUAGCCUCUCAGGGUCUCAGGUCGAUGACCACAUCCCGAAGAGGUCCUCGGCCCGGAUCCUGGCCCCUCCCGGCGGUCGCUCCAGUGGUAUCUGGUAAUCGCUGCUGCCGGAGCUACACUCGCCCGAGUCUCCUUGUUUUGUAUGAUUCUACACAUCCAGGAAAACUGCACUGAUUACUCACUCACAGGAUUAAAGUAAAAAGAGGAAUUCAAAUUGAAGCGAGCUUCUGUGAUUGGUGAAAAGCUAACUGAUGAUCGGUGAUCUACCAAAGUGACUUUUACAAAUCUAAUUUGUCUUAAUUGGAGGGACUGACCUGAAUAAUUACACCAGAGUGAAGGGCUAUCUAUGAAUUUAAACAUGGUUUGCUAAAUUCCAGCUGAUCAUCCUAACAUUGACAAAGUCUGCUCGUGUCCCACGGAGAAACGCAAAUUAAACAAACUGAACGAUCAAAACCAGUACAGCUUUUAUGGUUUGAACUGAAGUGAUGUCGACUGAAUUAUUACAAAAUUGUAGAACUGAAUUCUGUGAACUAUCUAUUAUACCCCUGUCACACACACCCACCACAUGCAUACAGUGCACUGUAGACACCAUAGCGUGACACUCAUAUGAAGACGUUUGUGGAUUCUGUUUGUGAUUAAACGCCCACUGUGCUCGGCUUCCUGCCGCACCGUGGGUUCCUCUAACAGUGUUUUUAUUUCCAAUGGGUGAACUGUGUGGUGAUGAUAUCCAACUGCUUCAAAACACCGUGUGAUUUUACAGCUACGCUCUCAAAAUAGAGUCGUACUUGAUUCUUUCCAUCCCUAUGUUUUCACUGCCUGGAGCUGAAACAACACUCACGUUUCCCACAAAUAUCCUGCCUCGCCUGCAUUGUAGCAGGUCUACAGACUCAGUGACAGACAACAACCUGCGGGCUGACCCGGGUAUAACUGACCCCAGCACUCAUCCCACAGCGGCUAAAUGUGGAGGAAACGGGGAACCUGUAGACCUGGCAAAGUGCUAGAAGAAUGAAGAGAGGUUUCUGAAAGGAAGGAUGAAGAGUACGUGACUUAAAGGUCAGCCAGGGCUGCUGAAAACAUCACGAGGCUCAUUUAUCAAAGCGUUCAUAAAACAAGGGUAAAUCUGUGAUUAAUAAAUAGCCCGUGCGCGUGAGAAAGAUUGAUUUAAGUACAAAAUGACUAUUUUGGUUCAGUUUAGCUGCUCUGUUUCUGGCAAUAAAGCUCUGAUCAACUCAUUGCACGCUGCUCUUCCAGCACCAAACGACAGACAGACAAUGGUUGGCAACUAGCCAGAGAAGAAAAGUGAUUUAUUGUUAUUAGAGCAGUUUGUCUCCACAGAAAGAUUGAGCUGCACAGUCUGAAGAAAACCACUGAACCUCUCACCUCCUGAUGUCUCAUUCCUGCUAUCAGUAUUGUGUGUGUACAUGAACACGUCUUCUUGUCUGUGAACUAUAUAUUUAGGAUGUGUGUGUUUUGUUUUUUAGCUGAAAGAAUAAAUGUGCCAAUACGAGUGUCCCCCCCCCCCCGCCCCCUCAUGCAUGAAGAGCACCGCGGGGAGACAGAGGAGUGAGAUCUCUCCACAGGCUCACAACAACUGGUGCUGGUUCUUUUUUUAACUCUUACCUAAAGCAACCGUAUGUUAUUGUUGGAUGGAUUUGUUGCUUUGAAGGCACUGUGACUGGUUGGUGGCAGUGUGUGUUUGUAGAUUCUCGUUGUGGUGGGCAGUUAACCUGUUGAACCUGUAAGUGGCUGCUUGUUUCUGACCACAUGAAUAACAGAAGAAAUAAUAAAGUGAGAAGAAUAACA